UACUGUGCGCCAUUUUGAAAGCGAAAAAAAAAUCUGGGAUAAUUUCCUCCGUGGUCUGACAGAUCUGUACUCCCCAGUCCUCACCCUGAUUGUGGAUGUUAUCUCUAUUCCCUCAAGAAAGCUGCAUUGGUUGAAUAAGUAUCCCAAGAGCUGCUAAAUGAAGCAAUGGCAGGAGUUUCAGGAGGAAAUGAUUUUCAGUGGUGUUUCUCCCAAGUGAAAGGGGCGAUAGAUGAAGAUGUUGCGGAAGCUGACAUAAUAUCCACGGUUGAAUUCAACUAUUCUGGAGAAUUGCUUGCAACUGGGGAUAAAGGAGGAAGAGUAGUGAUAUUUCAGCAUGAACAAGAGUCAAAAAAUCGUCCACAACUACGUGGGGAGUACAAUGUCUAUAGCACUUUUCAGAGUCACGAACCAGAGUUUGACUAUUUGAAAAGUUUAGAAAUUGAAGAGAAAAUCAACAAAAUAAGAUGGCUACCCCAGCAAAACUCUGCUCACUUUCUACUCUCAACAAAUGAUAAAACUAUCAAAUUGUGGAAGAUCAGUGAAAGGGACAAACGGGCAGAGGGUUAUAACCUGAAGGACGAGGAGGGGCGGCUUCGAGACCCCUUUAGGAUCUCUUCUUUACGGGUACCGGUGCUGAUGCCAAUGGACCUCAUGGUGGAGGCAAGCCCACGCAGGAUCUUCGCCAACGCGCACACCUAUCACAUUAAUUCCAUUUCUGUAAAUAGCGACCAUGAAACGUACCUCUCCGCAGAUGACCUAAGAAUAAAUCUAUGGCACUUGGAAAUCACAGACAGAAGUUUCAAUAUUGUAGACAUCAAGCCUGCCAACAUGGAGGAACUGACGGAAGUCAUCACGGCUGCAGAGUGCCAUCCACACCAAUGUAAUGUAUUUGUGUACAGCAGUAGCAAAGGCACCAUCCGUCUCUGUGACAUGCGGGCGGCUGCGCUCUGUGACAGGCACUCAAAGUUCUUUGAGGAGCCUGAGGACCCAAGCAGCCGGUCCUUCUUCUCGGAGAUCAUCUCCUCCAUCUCGGACGUCAAGUUCAGCCACAGCGGACGCUACAUGAUGACCCGGGACUACCUCUCUGUCAAAGUGUGGGACCUGAACAUGGAGAACCGGCCCGUGGAGACGUAUCAGGUUCAUGAAUACCUUCGCAGUAAACUGUGCUCCUUGUAUGAAAACGACUGCAUCUUUGACAAAUUUGAGUGCUGCUGGAAUGGCAGUGACAGUGCCAUCAUGACCGGGUCGUACAACAACUUCUUCCGAAUGUUCGACCGCAACACCCGACGGGACAUCACGCUGGAGGCGUCCCGGGAGAGCAGCAAACCACGAGCCACGCUGAAACCCCGCAAGGUGUCCACCGGGGGCAAGCGGAAGAAGGACGAGAUCAGCGUGGACAGCCUGGACUUCAACAAGAAGAUACUCCACACGGCCUGGCACCCCAAAGAAAAUGUGAUCGCCGUGGCGGCCACUAACAACCUGUACAUUUUCCAGGACAAAAUCAACUAGGAGACAAUAAGAAGACGACAAAGAUUAAAAAAAUUAAUUUGCGGAGGUGGUGGGGGGGCUCCAGAGGAUAGGGCUUUUACUUGUACCGUUGUAGUCAAGCCUACUACUUGUCUAUCUGUAUAAGAAGCAACGGCCCCUGGUUGCCUGCUGGGGAAGAAUUCGAAAGCACGUCUCCUUUUCUUUCUUUUCCCACAGGAGGUUCAUAGGCCAGCUCCAUAGGCCUGUUUUUAUUUUUUUUAAGUCUGAGCUUAGGUUGUUUUUUGCCUUUGGCACCAGGGCUGAUCAACAUGCCCCAUCCUCCCCAACCACCCCCCCUGACCCAGUAAUUCCAAUGUGGGUCUGAUUGACAGACUGGCACUCCCCCUCCCCCGCUUCCUCUCUCCCCGUCCCCUACCCAGAGGUGACCCUCUCGAACGCAUUGGUGUUUGUGUUGACAUUUAAAAGCCUUCAUUUCAUUUACCGAACGAACUCCUCGGAAAAGCCCCCCUCCCCAAAAAAACGAGUUGACGUCUUGUCAAAGUUUUAACACCGUUGCAAAAGAGUUCGGGCCCAUCUCACACAUGGACUGCUGGCCGGUAGGCCUAACUGUAACAUUCCCCCAUUGGUCGUGUAUUCAGGCCAAAACUACUGGUGGCAGAUGGUCAUGCCAAGUGGGAAGUGGACAUUUCUGUUCUCCCCCCUCCUCCUUUUUCCUCCUCCUCCUCUUACUUUAUCCCAGUCAAUAUGGUGACAUAAUUUCACUGACUGUAUCUACUCGAGUACACCUUGUCAUCCACAUAAUAAAAGAAACUAAAACUAAAAGAUGUGUUUUUAAAUCUACAAGUAUGUAUUAAACAUGUUGUUCUUUAUUGCUUUGCAUGUUUUUAUGUUGUAGAGAGGUUGGAAAAAAAUGUCCAGUCACACCACUGUCUUUUAUUUUAAUUAAAUUUUUUUAGCAGAACUCAAAUCGGAAGGAGAAACAAUAAUAACUGUUUUGCGGCUCUAAUUCAGAACCACUGUCGGAGACGGCCAAUCAUGUGUUUGUGUCCAGACAAUUUCUUUCUCAAGUUGUUUUAAGAUGACGGCGAGAGGCUGAAAGGCAGUAGAUGGGCAAAGGGAAUCCACAGCCUUAAUACUUAUCUCCUAUCAGUGACCGCUACUACUUUGCGUCCCAGUCGUUUUCUUUUUUACAAACCUCAUGUGCAUUAUUUUGGAAUCCUGUUUUAUAGUUCUGUCCUCAUAUACCGCUGCUAUGCGUGGCCGUCUAUGAAAACACACAUAAAGAGGGGAAAACUGCACACAUUGCCGUUGUAAUAAAGAGUGCCUCCAUCUCACGUUAAGUAGGACUCUUAGACUGGCUUCCUUCACGUGCUCUUAUUCAUUUUGUUAGGGAUGUCACUCGAAUUUGAACUGCAUAUUAAAAAUGUGGCUCUUCUCUCUCUAGUUGUGAAUGCAAAAAUGAAGAUUGACUACACGGAUCAUAAAAUGACAUUAAAGCGAACAUAACGAUG